AUGUACUGUUCAAUUCAAUCAAUAAAAUGUUUGCUGGCGCUGUUUACAAUCGCAGCGGCGCUGGAACAUAUCGCCUUGGUGUUUGCCAGCGGUCCCCAGCAACAACAGAUACACUAUCAUGCCCCCUGUGACCGAAGUAGAAAAGUGCUGACAAUGGAAUAUGGAGAAAUCAGUGAUGGACCGGCUGGAUUCAAUUACACACAAGAUUCGCAUUGCGAGUGGCUCAUCAAGGCUCGCAAUGAUAGUCAAUUCAUUACCCUGACAUUUCACACAAUGGGAACGGAGUGUUCGUACGAUUAUAUUUAUGUUUACGAUGGCGAUUCCUUCAAUUCAACACUCUUGGGCAGCUUUAGUGGCCGUACCCAACCACAGCGGCUGGUGGCACGCAGUGGAAGUAUGCUGAUUUUGAUGUACAGUGACACAAACUAUGUUCUGGAUGGAUUUCGGGCUUCUUAUUACAUAUCGAAUUGUUUGAAUAAUUGCCAUAGCCAUGGAAAGUGUGUUGGUCAUCAGUGUGUUUGUCACGGCGAAUGGGUGGGUCCGGACUGUGAGGAUGAAAUAUGUCCUAACAAAUGUGGCGAGGCGCAAGGAAGAGGGAAAUGUAUCAAAGGAGUGUGUCAUUGUGAAAAUGGUUAUAGUGGCAGAUUAUGUGAUCUACAUGAAAACCCACCUGGCGGUAAUUGGCGUUGGCUAUCAACCGAUGCUGAAGGAAUGACAGCUCGUGCCGCUCAUACAGCAGUUUAUAUCGAAGAAGAAGAUUCCUUGUAUGUUUUCGGUGGAUACGAUUUAAAUAAUGUUAUAAGUACAUUGCAGAUAUAUCGCUUCCAAACCAGCCAAUGGGUUGAUGAAUGGGGCAUCACAUUACAAAAUCGUCGACAUUAUUAUCAUCAACCGAAAAUUGAUCAUACGCUUCUGAAAGCUGUACUACAACAUAAAAACGAGGAUGAGGCCAAACUAUGGGGACUUACUAGUGAUAUUUCAUUUUUUCGAAAUAUUCUCUACACAUUGGCUGAAACGAAUCCAUCCAAAGAUUUACAUACGAGACGCACUGUUCGCAGUUCACCUCUUCUAACAACACUAACUGUCAACUCAACAGACGAAGAACUGACCGAAUAUUUGGAGGAUAUAUUAGAGGAAGUUACAGACAAUAAACCCCAUGGCCGUUAUGGCCAUGCAGCUACAACCGUUCCUGGAGGUUUUGUUAUAUUUGGCGGAAAACAAGCAAAUGGAAGUUUCUUUAAUGACCUUUGGUUCUAUAAUCGAAGUGAAAGUGGCGGCAAAUGGAAACAAUUGGCAAUGCAAUCAAAAUUGAAGGUGCCUCCGAUGGCAAGACAUACCAUAACUUACGCUGGCGAUUAUUUGUAUAUUUUUGGUGGCAGUUUGGAGUCAGGCGAAUUUUCCUCAGAUAUAUAUCGCAUAUGCUGGCCCAUUACAAAACCGGAUAGCGAUGAAGAAUGUGAAUGGGAAUUUAUACAUCCACGAGGGGGCAAAAAGUUAGAUGUACGCCUAGCCGCGCAUACCACGGUAUACUACAAACCUACGAAUUCUUUGAUUGUUUUUGGAGGCAUAAUGACAAGCCUUGCACGAUUCUCAAAACUAUCCGAUCGUAUUUUUGCCUUCCAAUUGGAUAAAUUUCAUUGGACAGAGAUACUAUAUCCACGCACAGCACUCAGAGAUACAAAUAUACCGCGAGAACGAGCCUUCCAUACGGCAACAGUUAGUGGCAAUUACAUGAUAGUCUUCGGUGGCUAUACACAUCGCCACAAUAAGGACGAGAUAUGCUAUGACAAUCAAAUGUAUUGGUAUCAUCUGUCAUGCCACAUUUGGAUUAAUCAGGAAGUAUCGCCCGAGGAUAAUAUCUACCCCAAGAAACAGGGUGUGUUUGCUCAUGCUGCAGCCUUGAGGAAAAAUAACACACUACUUAUAGUUGGUGGCUACCAUGGAAAUGUAAAUGCCGAUCUCUUUGCCUAUGAACUACCGCAGGUGUUGAGAGCCAAUGGUAUAUUUGGUCAUAAUCCCGAAAUGGCUUGUCGUUAUCAUACCUCGCAUACAGCAUGUUUAUCGAAUCCCGAGUGCGGUUGGUGUUCGGCAGACAGUAGUUGUUAUGGCCGUACUAUUGGGGCCAACUGUACUAGCAACUUGCAAACAUCACGUUGCCCUGGAAUAUGUCCUUCGCUAGGCGAUUGUCAUUCGUGUCUGGUUCAUGGUACUCAGUGGUCCAGGCCAGCAGAUAAUGGCGAAAAUUACUUGUCUGUCGCCAGUAAAUUGGGAUUAAAUGAAUGUUCUUGGUGUGUGCAGAAUGCUAAAUGUCACCAUCGUGAUGAUAACUAUGGCAUAUGUGGAGAGGACACUCCAUCACAUAGUCCAGGUUGGUGGGGAGAACAGGGCACGGAAAUCCGUCAGCCUUCCCAGUGCACACGAAAUGAUCGCAGACCCGGUUUAACCUAUAUCAAAUACCAUUAUCCGGUCAAUUUAACAAUGCCAGACUAUGUGGCCAUUGUAAAUGCCACAAUGGUCGAUUUUUCCUCGCCCACACCAACAACCCAGUACGAACAGAAAAUGGAAGGUGAAAUGUUGGCUCGUCUCUUGGGAUUUGUUCGACCACAAAAACAAUGGGAAGAAGAACCGACAGAAAUUCAAGUUUGUACAAGUUAUUCCAAUGCUGUACUGAAAGCAGGUCUGGGUCGUGAUUUGAGCUCAUUGAAGGAAUUGACCAAACAAUCCUCGAAUCAAUCAUAUUGUAGCAAUGUCGAGAUUCCAAGUACAGAACAACCGUUUCUUAUAGACUUUCAAGCUCGCCGGCGCAUUGGUCUGAACAACAUUUACAAUACGUACCAGAAGACGAAAAUGGAACUGCAACAUAUCUACCAUGGAAAUCUGAAUGCUUUCACAUUUGAAUAUCUGGAGCCAUACUAUUCGGGAGAGGAUUGUAACCAGUACAAAAAUUGCUUGCAAUGUCUGACGGAUAAUGCGUGUGCCUGGUGCUCCCUUAAGUCGGAAUGUAUGCCGAAGACAGUUAAUGAAACAGAGGCGUGUAGUCUCACCAAAGUAACGGAGAAUAACUCCUCCUAUGUCCUGUGGGAAUAUCUCGUGAAUCAGCCCAGUCAUUGUGCCAACUGUUCUAAUUAUGUUUCAUGUGAAGAGUGUGUCGAAUCGCGUUUAUGUGAAUGGUGGGCGGAAGAGGCUCGUUGUGCUCGCUUGGGAAAAUCGGAAAACAGCGUUCGGGCAGUUGAACAAUGUCCAGUCCAGUGUAGAUUACGCACCAAUUGUCAAGACUGUUUAAAUGAGAGAGGCCGAUGUGUGUGGUGCGAAGCUAAAUCGGCAUGCUUCAGUUUUGCAGUCUAUACGAGUGAGUAUCAGUUUGGAAUGUGUCGCGAAUGGCUAGACCAGUCUGUGAGUCCUCACCAAAUUGAAGGGGACAGUGGUGUUAUGAUGACCUCCAGAACAUCGGCCUUGAUUCCCAUUCACCAUCAGGCCGUUCCAAAACAACAGCAAUGCAAAUCUUGCGCUCAAUAUCGCAACUGCAGUACUUGCCUCAAGACACUAAGUUGUGGUUGGUGUUUCGAUCGUGACAAUCCCAUUGAGGGCAAAUGCAUGCAAGGUGACUUCAGCAGACCCUUUGGUAAUUGUUCUUUGGCUUUGAAUAGUUCCUACAUACAUGACGCCGAAUGGGCGUAUGCCCAAUGUCCUGAUGUGGAUGAGUGCGGCUUGGGUCUGCAUGACUGUCACAAGGAGGCUAAGUGCACAAAUACCCAUGGUUCCUAUCGAUGUCACUGUAGGAGAGGUUUUGUUGGAGACGGCAGACAGUCUUGCACCCGAACUUGUUACGAAACCUGUGUACAUGGCUACUGUUCUGAUGCCCCUGAUUACGUCUGCCGCUGUGAAUUGGGAUGGACGGGUCCGGAUUGUUCCAUUAAUUGUGGCUGUCAUAACCAUUCGACGUGUAACGAACGUGUGGGCAAAUGUGAUUCCUGCCAAGCUUGGACAGAGGGUGAACGAUGUGAGCGUUGUCGCCAGGGCAGCUAUGGGAAUGCUACUUCAGCGGCCGGAUGUACACCAUGUGAAUGUAAUGGCCACGGAAAUCAAGAUCUAGGCAUCUGCAAUGUCAACAACGGUGAAUGCUACUGUAAGGACAAUACAGAGGGUGUUAAAUGUGACAAAUGUUCGCCAGGUUUCUAUGGAGACCCUCGAGAUGGAGGACAAUGUUAUUAUCAAUGCGAAUCACGAGGAAUGUUGCGAAAUAUGGGACGUAGUGGUAUCGGUUCAUAUAAAGCCUACAAAUCACCGUGGGGAGCUAAACUGGAGGUUAAGGAAUGCCUAUGGAUUCUGGCACCGAAAACACUCCAUGCCGAGAAGUCCUUACUACAAGUUGAGUUCGAAUGGAAUUCCCUUGCCAUGGACUGCGAUGAAAAUGCUGUUUACAUUUACGAUAGCUUACCCGAUCUGACCGGCGUUUCCCAACAAAAUCAACUUAUUUCUGUGGUCUGCAACCCGUACACCUCGUCACACAUCAUUGAGGCCAGGUCCAGCCAUGUCACAGUGUAUUACAAACAAGGAGGUGGUUUGCGCAAACACUUCGGCUUUAAUGCCCUGUAUACCGUGAAGAAUUGUGUGGCCAACACUUGCCUACAUCCGCAUAUUUGCGACGAACAACAAAGAUGUGUAUGUCCCGCCGGCUAUGUGGGACCAAAGUGCGAAAUUGAAAUAUGUCCUCGCAAUUGCAAUGCUAAACGUAUGCAGGGCUAUUGUGAUACAGAUUAUGGUCGUUGCAUUUGCAAUCCAGGCUGGGGAGGAAAGGAUUGCAGCACUGCCCUCAAACUGAAUCAAAUAACUGUUACGGAACUAUUCAAUACAAUGCUAUUGUCGGAAUCCUAUGAACAUUUACGUAAAACCAUACCCAGAUUUGGUCAUACCGUAUGUGCCGAUAGACGCGGUUCUCUAUGGAUGUUUGGGGGCUAUUCUCCAUCGCAUGGCCCACUGAAUGAUUUCCGUCAAUUCGACACGAAGAAUGGCACCUGGAUGCAAGUUACUGUGGAAUCGACGCCGGAUGAUAAAAUGCCGCUGGGUAGAUAUUUCCACGCUGCAGAGAUCUAUGUGAAACGCCAAACUAUAUUCAUAUAUGGUGGCAUAACAACCACUGGUGCAACAACGUCUCCGAAGCCGGAGAUAUUGUCGGAUUUUUGGCAAUUUUCGAUACAAAAUCAGCGUUGGUCUGAGUUAGAUCUAUCGGGUCAUCGCGUGAAGCCACCGGCUCUUGCAGGUCACACACUAACCUAUACUAGAAAUAAUGAACGAGAGUCAUUGAUUCUAAUCGGUGGUAUGACCUUAAAUAAAUCUCGACAACUGGAAUUGUGGGAAUUCAACCUUGAGACAUUCAGAUGGGAACAAUUGUUGGCGUUGGGUGUACGCAUGCCGGUGCUCUAUGGCCACACCACAGUCUAUCACAGCGAGAAACACAUUAUGUAUGUGUUUGGUGGCUACUCUACUGAGCCACAGAAUAAACUGUAUGCCCUGCAUUUACAAAAGAUGACUUGGACAGAGUUGCCGCCAUUCAAGGAACUUAACCGACCGGAAUGGCUGUUGCCGAGGGCACGAUACUUCCAUUCGGCUGUGACCACUGAUCAAUACAUGAUAGUAUACGGCGGACGGAAUUUCCCCUAUAAUGCCAGCGACGUUCUCAUUGCCUAUGUCUAUAACUGCAAUCAGUGGAUACGACUGACCGAGGAUGUGAAUAUAGUCGGCCAACUGCAAAUAUCCACAUACGCCGAAGACAUAUCCAUAGAUCACGAAAGUAAUACGAUUUACGUUAUCGGCGGCUGGGAUGGCAGUGCUGCUCAAAGUCAUGUGACCAAGAUUACCAUACCCAAUGAUAUUUGUCAACUAUGGAGUGCUGGGAAGUAUCUCUGCCGGCACUACAUGGGCUGCAGUUUCUGUACGGUGUCGGCAAACUUUGUGACUUCUUCGUUUUGCUAUUCCCACGAUACGCACAGUAAUGUGUGUAAUAAUGGCAACGGAACUCUGGUGUACAACAACGGAGCUGCUUGCGAUGACGCAUGGAUGUCGAGGAGAAAUUGUUCCAGUUUCACAACCUGCUCGGAAUGUUUAGCAUCUUGGCCAUCCCAUGUGGAGACAACGCCCGUCUGUCAGUGGUGUGAUGAGUGUGGCAUUAAGGGUAGAUGUGUUCCAGCCGGUGUCGAUUGUGAACGUCGUUUUUGGUGCUCCAAAGAAGUCAGUGUUGGACUCUUGAAUUUGUGUCCCCAGCCUCAGUGUCACACGUUGUAUUGUGAAGCUUGUGUCCUAAAUGAGAACUGUGAAUGGGCACAAAAUGAAUUGGGAACAAUUGAGUGUAUUACCAAGGAGCUGGUGGAGCAAAAUCAAUACAAGAUUAUAGGUCAAUGUCCUCUGCCCUGCCACCAUUACACAAACUGUUCGACCUGUUUGAGUAACGACGACAGUGAACAGCCCAAAGAUUGCAAGUGGUCUACCAUGCUGAAUACUUGUCUAUCGCCACAAUCACAGCCACUGCUGUGUGCUGGUGGUGUAUGUGGUUUGGUGUUGGAAGCCAACGAAACAGACCACUGCCCUGAGCCUUGUAAUGUAUACACACAAUGUUCGACAUGUUUGGAACAUGCCCACUGUGGUUGGUGUGCUAGGGAUGGUUAUAAUGGCGAUGGUAUUUGUACUGAGGGAUCAUUGGAAAACAAACAGGAAUAUCCUUCGUCGUCUACAUGUGAUCUAAUCUAUGCCCAACUUCGCAAUGACUCAAUGCUGAAACCUACGGAUGUUGUGUCGUGGAACUAUGUUAAAUGUCCGGCUGAAAACGAGUGUACAAAUGAUCAUCAUCACUGUCAUCCCGAGUCUGAGAAGUGUAUCGACACUCCUGAUGGAUAUCAUUGCGAAUGCGGUGAAGGUUAUCGUCCCGAAAAUGACACCUGUAUACCGGUCUGUAGUCAAGGUUGUGUUCGUGGCAAUUGUGUGCGUCCCGAUAUGUGUGAAUGUGAUUUUGGUUAUGUCGGUGCCAACUGUAGUAUUCAAUGUUUGUGCAAUGGUCAUUCGAAUUGUAGGGGACCCAAUUUACUGGACGAUUGUAUUGAAUGUCACAAUAACACCAUGGGACCACAGUGUGAAAAAUGUCAACCGUUAUUUGUGGGUGAUCCCAGGGAAGGUAGAGCCUGUGUGCCAUGUCAUGAAUAUUGCAAUGGACAUACUGAUUCGUGUAUAGCCCACGAUUCGGAACCAACCUAUUUCAAUAUGACACGUGAAGAGUUGGAACGUAAUCUGCCCGAGGGGCCACUGGGCAAUGCAACAUGUCUUCGGUGUGCCAAUAACACGGCCGGUGAACGUUGUGAUACAUGUAUUGUGGGCUACUUUCGCGGUUCCGAAGAUCAUCGAAAAGAGUGUCGUCCAUGUCAGUGUCAUGGCCACGGCAAUGUCUGUGAUCCGGUAACUGGAGAGAAAUGUAAUUGUGGCAACAAUACGGAGAGUGACGCCACAUGUACUGCGGGUGGUGGUAAAAACUCGGCUCAUCUAUGUUGGAGUGUUCAAUGUUCGAAAUGUCGUGACUCAUAUGCUGGAAAUCCAAUUGAUGGCCAUCAAUGUUAUAAGCAGAUAACGGUGGAAUCAAGAAUGUGUUUCGAUGCAAAACCUAUAGAGGAAUGCAAAGCAAAGCCGGCAGCUUUAAAACCCGGACAAACAGUGUUCUUUGUCAUUCAACCACGCUUCAUGAAUGUCGAUAUACGCGUCAUUAUUGAUGUUACACAGGGUGAAUUGGAUGUAUAUAUGUCACCCCAAGAUGAUUCGUUUAUUGUUGAGACAAAUGAAACCAAUGGCUAUCAUGAAAUCUUCUUGGACAAUCGUUACAAUUGGGGUCCCAAAAUUAAACGCUCACAUCCACUGAAUAUAGCCCAGCCGAAAUAUGACAACACCACCUCGUAUUCGAAAUUGGUUAUGAAUGACAAACGCAACAGUUAUUAUGUUCCGCAUAUUCAAGACUGCAAAAGUCAUGGUGGUCAUAGUUUCUAUGUGAAAGAUCAACAUGCCAAGGAUUUGAGCACCCAUGUCACAUUGAAUCAUUGCAACACCUUAUUGAGAUUAUUUGGCUUGAAAAAUCGAUUGGUUUUAACUUUGCCACAACACGCUCACAAUUUAAGUGCCACGAGAUUUUUCAUAGCCCUGCGAGCCAGCUCUGGCCCUGAACCUAGCUACGGCUCCGUUGUGUUCCGUCAAGAUCAAUUGCACAUCGAUUUGUUUGUAUUCUUUUCGGUGUUCUUUUCUUGUUUCUUUUUGUUUUUGGCUGUUUGUGUGGUCAUAUGGAAGGUGAAACAAACCGCGGAUAUUAGAAGAGCUCGACGACAACAUGUUGUAGAACUAUUGCAUUUAGCCAAACGUCCGUUUGCGUAUGUAUUUCUGGCGGCAAACUCCUUCGAUUUGGAUAGUCCACAUCCAACAACAUCGUCUACAUCGGCAGCAGCAAAUAACCGAGUUGUUCGCAGUGCCACCGGUGCCCGGUCAAAGCAUCAACAUCAGGCGACUAGUGGUGGCAACAAUCAGUUGCCCGAGGUAUUGUUAAUAGCUAUCGAGCCGACGGCUGAUAAUUUAGCAGCAGUUGGAACGGUAUUCGUAAGUUUACCCGGUCGUUACAAGGCUCCUCUGAGCAUGGCAUUAGGAUCCACAUUAAUAUCAUAUCCACCACGUUUAUAUCAAGUGAAUAAUCGUAACUAUACUCGGGUGAAUACUAGGGGAAAUUCUGCACCGGUAAGUAGUGGGGGUGGUGGUGCUGGUGUUGUUGCCCCAGCACCCGUACCACAAGUUGCUGCUGGUACAGCCAGACAAAAUCGUCAAGGUGCCAUUGCUGAUGCGGAUGCUUUACCUGUAUAUAAUUUGAAUUUGUAA